GGUAGGUAGUGCAGGACUUGAACGCAUGAUCCACUGGCUGAGUAAUCCAUAUAUCCGCUGGUUUUUUUAAAAUAAAACACACUUUCGUUGUUGACUAAAGCUGGGGCUACAGAUUUUGGAUUAAAUACCACAGCCAGAUUUUCCAAUGCUACGGAUGCGUGGAAUUCUAAUCUGAUGCACUUCUGUGCCAUGUUCUUUUCUGAUGUGUAUUUGUCCUCAACAAUGCUGUAAAAAAACUUAAUUGGGUCUAUCUUAGCUAAAUAGAUCCAUCGCUAAGAUCCAAUUCCCGUAAAUAAUUGGUUGCAAUAAGUUCAAAAGCAUCACUGAUUAUAUAAAUAGGGUUCCUCAAUUCCAUACUCAGUAGACUAUUGGGGAGCAGUGAUGCUAUUCCAAGCAGUGUGUUAUGCUUCUGGGUGUUUCCAGACUCAUGAUUUCACUUGCUCAUAUUGAUAGAGUGUUGCUUAUUUGAAGCGCUUUGAAACGUUCUUUAGGUGAUAAGCAUUGAAUUGUUGUGUUAAAUUAUCUUAUCUCAGGUUUUCCUCCUUUAGACUUGCCGUCCAAAUAUCAAACUGCAACGGUUCUUAGACCUUAUCAUUUAAAUCAAAAUGCGCCAUGUGCGAUGCUUGUCGCAGUGUCAGUUUUAUCCUGAUGCAACAGUUAAUGUCCCUGUAAACGUUUCCUUCACUAGAGCUUUCCUAGGAGAUAAUUUUAAGGGUUUAAGAGGACGCUGUAUGGCGGCAAAACCCAACCAAGAAUCUCCUAACAACUCUAAUCCCAAACAUUUCUCCAAAGUUGCAAAGGAUACAAUACUGAAAGAAGAAGUGGGAUGGAGUCUUACAAAAACACUUCCGGAACCUGUUUGCAAACAUAUUGUUUUCUCUGAUUCUACAGAUAGUAUUUGUGAACUAAGUCCUUCAGAUACUAUGCAGGAAACUUCUAGCAAAACCAACCAUUUACCAGAGCAUCAUACUGGAGUGAAUAUGCUACCCAAUGGAAUGUCAAGAAAGUAUUUAAGCUCUGUUUCUUAUACCCUGAGGAAUUUACUCAACACAAGUUCUUCAGAAAGUGAGUCUUCGUGCACCGAUUCUGUCCAUGAAUACAUAACUCAAAAUCCCGUUCCUAUGAAUAAUUCUUCGCGACAAAUAACAAAACAGUUGACUUUAGCAGAUGCUUCCACUGGGAAUUCCGAUAAUGAUAUUGAUAAGUGGGAUGAAAUGCUUGAUGAAAUGCGGUAUUUGGGUUUCCCGACCACCUUUGGUUGCCCUCGAAAACAUAGAAAUGCGGAUUCGAAGUAUGUAAGGCCUGUAGACCUUUCAUCAGAUUUCUAUGAGGAUGAUGAGGAUGAUCAAGAUGACCAGUGGCUGUUAUUCUUUGCUAGUAGGCUCGAAAAUAAUCUCGCACUGCGGAACAAAACAACUAAGCUCUAUAGUCUUUCUGAUAUUGACAUUGAAAGUCUUGGGAAAUGCACUGGAUCAUUUCCCAGUCCAUCUGUAGAACUGAAAAGUAUGGUUGAUCCAUGUGUUUGUGCGUCGUCAAUUUUCUCAAGAAUGUGUUAUCUGUUCGAGAUGGUUUGUAUAUUUACCGACUACGAUCAUAUUACUAGUAAUAAUAGCUGUCGUGCAUUUAGUGAAUGGCAAUUAAAUCUACCUCGCUGUUGGGAUUCUGCAACAUUCAACCUAAAAGCUGUGUUAUACAAAUGUCGUUCCUUUUGGCGUUACCAUCCACCGAUGCCUAAAAAACCAGCCAAUUGUAAGCCAAUGUUAAUUACGAAUAUUGAUUCGUCAAUGGAGAAAUAUUGGGCACAAAGAUAUCGUUUAUUCUCUCGUUUCGAUUAUGGUGUUGAGGUUGAUUCUGAUUCAUUGUUCAGUGCUACACCAGAGGUAAUAGCUGUUCAUCAGGCUAAACGCAUUUAUCGAGCUCUCUCAACUCCUUCGGCUAUAAAUGAUAGUUGCACUGUUUUGGAUAUAUUCUGCGGUACUGGGUCAAAUGCCAUACAACUGGCGCUACGUGGUUUUCGAGUCGUCGCAAUUGAAUGUGAUCCUAUUCGUAUUGCAAUGGCUGUACAUAAUGCCGAAAUCUACGGUGUUUGCCAUCUGAUUGAAUUUGUCUGCGAGGACUAUUUCACUUGGGCAUGGAAAGAAAUUCAUUCAAGGUGCACUGUUCAGUCUUCUAAAUCUUCUAAGAAGACUGUUCAGUCUUCUCAAUCUCCUAAGAAGACUGAAUAUAUGGCCGCAUUUAUGUCACCGCCAUGGGGUGGACCCAGUUACUUGGAUCUGGAAAGUUUCGAAUUAUCCAAUAUCGAGUUUCAAAAUUCCGACACCGAUUUCUGGUCUGCUUUAUAUUUAGCCUUAGUGUUGACCAAUGGAAAUGUAGCAGUAUAUCUACCUCGCAAUACAAACAUUGCAGACUUUGUAAAGAUUUCAACAAAGUGUGUUAAAGAAAUCAGAAGUAAAUCAUUGAAUAUUGAAUUUGAACUGGAUUUGAUUAAUUCUAAGGCUAAAGCUUUAACAGUUUAUUUCGGUGCUUUGGCAAAUGCUAACCAACUGAAUACUGCCGCGUACAAUGAAUCAGACUGUAGUGAAUAGUUUUAUAGCCUAUGCAAAUAAUUUAUUUAUUUAUUUAUUUUUGUAAUCAGAUUGAUAUCCUUUUUCUGAAAAUAUAUCUGUUGAUCAGGAUUUUA